CAUUGAGACACAGAGAGAGAAAUGGAUCAUCAGAGAAUUCUUGUAGUGAUGAUGCUAAUGGCCAUGGUCUUAGCCAUGGCAGACAAAGAGAAAGGAGGAGAUGAGAGCAAGAGGUUGUUCAUGCUUAAGGAUUCUAAACAGGUAGUGAAAACAGAGGCCGGUGAGGUGAAAGUUAUCUCAGGACCAAAACUAGACAGAGAUAUGCCCAACAUGCACAUUGGUUUCAUCUCCAUGGAACCAAACUCACUCUUCAUCCCUCAAUACAUUGAUGCCAAUCUCAUCUUCUUUGUUCGCAGAGGGGAAGUGAAGAUGGGAUGGAUUUAUAAAGAUGAGUAUGUGGAGAAGAAGCUUAAGAUGGGAGAUGUUAACUUUAUACCUGCUGGUUCAGCUUUCUAUAUGGUUAACACUGGCAUUGGACAGCGUUUACAGAUUAUCUGCAGCAUUGAUGCUUCUCAAACCAUUGGCUCCAGCUCUUACCAUCCUUUUUACAUUGCUGGAGGAAUUAAUCCAUCCUCUGUUUUGUUCGGAUUUGACAUGGGCACUCUUACUACUGCACUCAAUGCUACAGCUGAGGAAAUAGGGAAGGUGAUGACAAGCAGAACAGAUGGUGCCAUAGUGUUUAUAGAUGGAAAAGAAGCUGAGCCACCAGCUAAGUUCAUGAAGAGGAAGCUGAAGGAGAUGAGUGGAAGAAGAGAUGGUGAUGUUGAUGUUGAAGAUGGAGAAGAGAUUGAUGAUGGUGGAGUUUGGACAUGGAGGAAGAUGUUAAGCUCAUUGUUGAAAACUAGGAAAGGCAAAGCAAAAGGUCCAGUUAGAGCACCAGAUUCAUACAACUUGUAUGACAGUGCACCAGACUUCAAGAACAAGUAUGGAUGGAGUUUGGCAUUGGAUGAGAAUGAAUAUGAACCAUUGAAACACUCUGAUUUUGGAGUAUACUUGGUGAAUCUCACUGGAGGGACAAUGCUUGCACCACAUGUUAAUCCCAGAGCAACGGAGUUUGGGGUGGUGCUAGGAGGAGAAGGGAGGGUGCAGGUGGUGUUUCCGAAUGGGACGAUGGCGAUGAAUGAGGAGGUGUCAGAAGGAGAUGUUUUUUGGGUGCCUAGGUACUUCCCUUUUUGCCACAUUGCUUCAAGGAGUGGGCCAAUGGAGUUCUUUGGAUUCACUACGGCGGCGAGGAGGAACUGGCCGCAGUUCUUGGCUGGGGCGAGGUCGCUGUUGAAGACAAUGAUGGGGCCGGAGUUGGCAGCAGGGUUUGGAGUGAAUCAGACUAGGUUGAGGAGGAUGGUGGAAGCUCAGAAGGAGGAAUUGUUUCUACCUACAUGGCCUGUUAAGGAGGAGUUCAUGAGUGCGUAGAAGUGUGUGUGUGUGUGUGUGUGUGUGUGCUUGUUUAGUUUUGCUGGUUGAUAGUGUUAGAUUUGCUGCUUCUAUGAACUCUAUG